UAUUAUUUUUAAUACAUGAAAUCUGUUCUCUUUAUUUUUGCUUUAUUAAAGUUUUUCCAGCCCUUUAUUUUAGUAAACUCGCCGGAGAAAAGGAAAACAAAUUAGAACCCUAGUUGGAGUUGAAAUAUAUUUCCAAACACCUCUCCCAUGUAAAAAAUGGCGGCACAUGAGGGAAUUUCCGCAUACUUUUCCCAGCUUAAUUCACUGGCUGGAAAGAUUACGCGCGACAUAAACAGAGUAAGAUCUUCAUACAGUCGAGAUGCCUGGCUUGCGUUAACUUUAAAUGAGCAGGAAAAAAUAUUGGACACUCAUUUUAUAAAUCCUGAUAUAUACACUAAGUAUUAUAAAACGUCUGAAACAAACCGUUCAGAACAAGAAUCGCCGUUAAAAACAGCUAUUCCAAAAAGUGAUUUUCAACAAUUUCCUUAUAGGGACGUUGUAUAUUCAUUUAACGGACAAGAUCUGCACACAUAUAUCUACCAAAAUGUUGGAUUAAAAGUAUUACAUGACGAAAAUACCAGAGAUUGCCGCGAUGAACAUUCUUACCCAUUUAGUUAUCGAACAAAAUCUCAAAUAAACAUACUAUCCAAAAAACCUGAUAAUGUCUCUGUUGUACGAGCUGCUGUUGAUGUAUCGAAACCCCUUUAUUCAAAAUUUACAAACAACUCAAAAAUACCGGCUCUCCAAAUUUAUGUUAACGAUAAGUCAGACGUUAAACAAACAAAAACACAAAUGUGUAAGGAAGAAAAUUACGUAAAAAGUAAAUGUGAUUAUGAUAAUGACGAACUGUUGGACUAUAAUGAAAAAUUUCAUUUGCUGUUUAGAUUUGAGUCAAAAAGCAGUGUGUCCAACGAUUUGUCUGAUUAUGAAAAUGAAUUUAAAGAUCUACGUCAAGACGAACAUGCAAAACUUUUAACACCCGAACUGCAAGUCCCGAAAGGUUUCGAUUUUCUAAGUAAUUGGUAAAACCUUUUUUAUAGCCCCCUAUUUGAUAGAAUAGAAUACGAUUUAUAUGAUAAAUUUUCAUCUCACUACGAAUUAUAAUACAACAAACAUUAUAUGCAUGGUUCAAUGAAACUUAACUUGCUUAAGAAGAAAACCAAAAUAUAUUAUUAAAUAUUUUUGCAAACAUAACACAAGAAAACACGAGUAUAAUUGCUUUUACAUGCUUAUACAAUUACUUAAAUAAAAAAAAUAUGAAACAUG